AUGGGUGUUUGUAUGUUCCAGAAAAAAAUGGAUAAUAUGGUCAUCAAGAAUGUGCUCCAGUACAAGCCAUCUGGUAACAUUGUACGGGAAAUACCUUUUACCAUCCCCCUGCAGUGCAAUUACCACAGGUCAUUUCUCUCUUACAAAGUUGGCUUCUAUCCCAAACUACAAGGAGGCACUGUUUUCAAAGCGCUCCAACCCAAACAAAGUGCAAUUCUGGUUCCUCUUGAUGCAUUAGGGAAUGAAAUCACAGGUACCAAAACCUACACCCUGGGUCAGCUGAUGUACUUUAUGGUGAAGACACCAGACCCGACUGCAAAGUCUGGAAACACAAGGAUCUACGUCAACAAGUGCUUCAUGACUCCGACCCAAAACCCCAGCUCCAGCACUAGACACAUAGUCAUCAGCAACCAGGGGUGUAUGGUUGACGGCAAGGAGACUGCACAGUCCAAGUUCCUCACCAGUUCCUCAAAGCUGAUCCAGAAAUUCACAGUGGCUGCCUUUGUUUUCACGGAGAGUCUUUCCACUUCUGGCACAUCAAAGAAACUCUACAUGCACUGUGAGGUCUCGGUGGGGAAACUUACUCCAACUUCCUCUUCCAAGGCAUGCAAUUAUGACAUGGCAGUCAAAAAGUGGAAGGAGCUCUAUCAUGAUGACUCGGUGUGCGUCUGUUGUGAAACCUCUUGCCCCUCAGCACAGCCCAAGGCCUCCAGGAAGACCAUUUCCAGUCCCUCAUGGCGGGUUGACCUGAGCAGGGAUGGGUCUGUGGAUGUUGAGCCUCUGAUAUCCGACGUCUACGUAUCGGAGGAUCUUGACGUUGCAGAGCAAAGCGACUUUGUAAACUACUGGGAGCAUGAUGACUAA